GGCGGUUUCACAUUGGCAACGCUGCGUGCUGCGGGAACGCUCGCAUUUUGAAGGGGCAUAGAGGGUAUGUCGACAGCCGACGACGGCGGCGGUAGUAGUGCAAGGGUUGUGUCACUCAAGGAAGACGAAGUGGCACCGUGUGAAGCGACUCGAGCGACGUCGGCAACGGAGACGCCCAAUGGGCGACGAAGCGUAUCCUACGAUGGGAGGAGGGUGUCGACAACAACGGCAGCCACCAGCGACGGCAGGCAGCACCGCCCGCUGUCGACGAACGAGAAGGAAGAGGUUGGGCUCUUGAAGAUGGAGAAUGCCAUGUUGCGGCAAAAGGUUCUGGCAUUGGAGCAGCAGUUUGACGACUAUGCUAAGAAAGAAACGGCCGACGAAUUUGAAAACAUGGACGACAUCAACGACUUGCUUCGAAUGGCCGAGCUGGCCAAGCAUGAGGCCAAGGCGUAUUCACAAAACACAUCCAGGGACAAGAUGCGAAAGGACAUUCAAGUGCUGCAGACGAUUCUGAAAAAGGCCAAAGCCGAGCGAAGCGAGUUCAAGAAAACGAUCAAGCAGAGCGAAGACCGGCUGCGUUACGAGUGUGAAAAGAAAAAGGAGGAGGGCCUCAAGAACGAGAUCGACAAGGAGAUCUUUACUAAAAUUAUCAAAGACGACAGAGAUCGGUACCGACACCAAGUGAUGGAGCUCACCGACCGCAUCAAACGGCUCGAGCGGGAAAAGUACGACAUGUUUAUGUGGGCCAAGCAGAACCAAGACCAUUGUUUGCUGGAGAUGCGAAAGCUCACAAGGGCCCUGAUCAAAGCAAAGAAGAUGGCAGAUGAACAGUCGCACGACAGCAAGGAACUGUAUGAGCUGGUAGUCCGAGUCAAGCAAGUAUUGCAUGUAGCGGCAGAUUCGACAUAACAAGCAAUCCAGGAGGUUGGUUGGA